AUGCAGGAAAACCAACUAAGAGAAUCAACUAAGAAAGCAUCUGCAUGUACAACACCACCUCCUCUUAAGGUUCCAAAAAGAGUCAGGUCUCCUACAUUGCUAAACAGUCCUGCUUGUAACCAGAAAACUCUCCAAAGAAGGAAUGAAGAAACAUUCAACUUGGCCCAAAAAAUAUACGGAGCUACAAACAGCAACAAAAGGCCAGCACUAGAUGGACUCUUUGACACCUUGCAAAAGAAGUGUAAGAUUAAUGAGCUAGGGGAUUAUGUAUUGACUAACCAGAAAGUCACAGAAUAUGUARUAAACAAAGUCCAAAAAAAGGAAAUAGAUAAUUUUACUAAAUCACACCAAAAUGUAUURAGAAGUAUAGCAGCAUACUAUUCUGCUGGUGUUAUGGGUAAAAGAAAGUACCAGGCAGUGCGUCUUGCUACCUCUAUGACAUCCAGUAAACGCAAAAGGGGUGGUCGAACUGGUCUGAAAUKUUUGGGGAAUCGUACAAUUCCUAAAUUACUUACUUAUAAUCAGUUGAUAAAGGAAAUCAAUGCUAUAGAUAUUGGCAAUGUAUUUCCAGUUGAAGAGCUGUUAUCAGGUGAUGAUGAAAUUAGCAUAAAUGGUAGUUUUCGUGACCUGAGAGAAUUUCUCCCAAGACUUGCUAACUUCUAUUUAAGCAACUCAAAGAAAGAUAGUCUUAGAUGGUUUGGUGAAACUGAAGGUAACUUCWARKUUGCUUUUGGGGGGGAUGGUUGCCCUUUUGGAAAGCAUGAAACAGCUUGCUCAUUUCUAAUUAGUUUCCUCAAUACAGGAAAAAAGGUUGCAUCUAGUAAUGAUAAUUUUUUAGUCUUUGGUGCAAACUGUGAGGAAACCUCUUUGACAGUUACAAAAUAUGUUCAAGCUGUUUACAAACAGAUUGUGGAUAUAGAAAGCAAAGUUUUUCAAGUACAGGGUUUACAUGUGACAUUCAAAUUUUCUGAGCUCCCCAAUGACAUGAAAAUGCUAGCCAUGCUUGGAGGAGAAUUGUCCARUUCUGCUAGAUUUUUUUCUUCAUUUGGAAAUGUUACUUUUUCAGAUAGUGGUGACCUACAUGGGACUUUUGGCCAGGGUCAAAAUCACAUGUGGAAGCCAUGGAGUUAUAAACACAGGGUUGAAGUAGUCAAGCUUGUGGAAAAUUUCAAGAAAAAGUYAGAAACUAAACAGGUUACAAAGCAAACUAAAAGAACUAGUAUCACAGAAUUUAUUGCUAACCAGAAGAGUCGCCAGGAACAUCUUCCUCUUAUAGGGAGACUAAUUGAUAGAGCUCAUGUUGAACCRUUGCAUCUGAAAAACAAUGCAUGGCAGUAUUUUUUUAGAGCUUUAUUUAAGGAAGCAUUAGGAAAGUCCAAGCUCAAACCUUCACACAAACKUUUUUCUGAUAUCAGUCAAGACAUCUGUGUUGCUAGAGUUGUAACUGCUUUGCAGUUUGAAGUGAAGGCAACCCGACUGGCAAAGAAAGUUAGGAUGUGGUAUAAUGAAACACAAGGGAAAAAGGGGGACAUGCAAUACAGGUUUACUGGGAAGGAGUCAAGGAUGUUUUGCCAUAAUUUCAUGAGACUUAUAAGUCUGGUGAAUCAGUAUCCAUAA